UGUGAUCAUUAUGACAAGCACACAGAUUGAGCAGUAUGGCAUGCAACAGAUAAAUAUUCUGUAACAGAGGGGCUACAAAAAGAUAAACAGGAAAUAGCCUAGAUGUGAUGGAAACGGUACAUUUAAGGAUCGACAGUUGCCAGGCUACUGACACCACUGCUCAAUGUGUAAUGUGUGUGACAUACAAUGGUACUCCAGAUUUUCUCCUGCAUCCAUUAGUAAGCCUGCAUUAUUCUGCGACCAGUCGGGCUUUAGCUGUUUUAUCUACACAGUGAAUGUGCAGCAGAUUUGUUCUGCAGACAGCCUUGGGAUUUGCCAUUUUAGGAACGUGUAAGACCUGUGAUGGACAUGGAAAUUCUGAAGUGGUUCACAAAAAAUGAUGCAGAUGCCAAGGCAAAAAUGUCACAAGUAAAACAAGUGGGUCUUCUGGCAGCAGGGUGCCAGCCAUGGAACAAAGAUGUCUGUGCUGCAAGUGGUGAUAGAUUCGCUUACUGUGCUACACUCGCAAUAUAUGUAUACCAGCUCGAUCACCGGUACAAUGAAUUCAAGCUUCGUGCAAUUAUGUCUGAACACAAGAAGACCAUCACUGCCAUUUCCUGGUGUCCCCACAAUCCUGAUAUGUUUGCAAGUGCCAGCGCAGAUAACUUGGUUAUCAUCUGGAAUGUUGCAGAACAGAAAGUGAUUGCAAGGCUUGACAAUACAAAAGGGAUACCUGCCUCCCUCAGCUGGUGCUGGAACUCUGGUGAUGCUGUUGCAUUUGUUUCCCAUAGAGGGCCCUUGUAUAUCUGGACAAUAUCUGGCCCAGACUGCGGGGUGGCUGUCCACAAAGAGGCACACAGCUUUCUGUCAGACAUUUGUUUGUUCCGGUGGCAUCCAAGAAAGAAAGGGAAGGUAGUAUUUGGACACACAGAUGGAAGCCUCUCAAUUUUUCAGCCUGGUUCAAAAAGCCAGAAGCACGUGCUAAGACCUGAAUCACUUGAAGGCACAGAUGAAGAAGAUCCAGUGACUGCCUUAGAAUGGGACCCCCUUUCUACAGAUUACCUUCUUGUUGCAAAUCUCCAUAAUGGAAUCCGAUUAGUAGACUCUGAAUCACUGUCCUGUAUCACAACGUUCAGUUUUCCCAGCGCUGCAGCUUCAGUGCAGUGUUUGGCAUGGGUACCUAGUGCUCCAGGGAUGUUUAUAACAGGAGAUUCUCAAGUUGGUGUUCUGCGUGUAUGGAAUGUAUCAAGAACAACGCCCAUAGAUAAUUUUAAACUGAAAAAGACAGGCUUCCAUGCUUUACAUGUAUUGAACUCUCCUCCUAAAAAGAAAUGUUUCUCAGGACACUCUCCUAACAGGAAUCAUCAUAUGUCUUCUACAAGUGAAGCAGUUCCACCCCCAACACUAACCCAAAAUCAAGCUUUUUCUCUUCCUCCUGGACAUGCAGUCUGUUGUUUCAUGGAUGGUGGUGUUGGACUUUAUGACAUGGGGGCAAAGAAAUGGGACUUUCUUCGAGAUCUGGGACAUGUGGAAACAAUCUUUGACUGUAAAUUCAAACCAGAUGACCCAAACCUUCUAGCUACAGCUUCAUUUGAUGGGACAAUCAAAGUUUGGGAUAUCAAUACUCUAACAGCCGUAUAUACCUCUCCUGGCAAUGAAGGAGUUAUCUAUUCUCUUUCCUGGGCUCCAGGUGACCUGAACUGCAUUGCUGGGGCAACAUCCAGAAAUGGUGGUUUUAUAUGGGAUGUGAAAAAAGGAAAAAUGAUAACAAGGUUUAAUGAGCAUGGGAAGAAUGGGAUUUUCUGCAUUGCUUGGAGUCAUAAAGAUUCAAAAAGGAUAGCAACUUGCAGUGGAGAUGGCUUCUGUAUUAUUCGAACAAUUGAUGGCAAAGUUCUACACAGGUAUAAACAUCCAGCAGCUGUUUUUGGUUGCGACUGGAGUCAAAACAACAAAGACAUGAUUGCAACUGGCUGUGAAGACAAAAAUGUUCGUGUUUACUACUUAGCAACCAGUUCAGAUCAGCCAUUGAAGGUGUUUACUGGGCACACUGCCAAAGUGUUUCACGUCAGGUGGUCUCCAUUGAGGGAAGGCAUUCUCUGCAGUGGCUCUGAUGAUGGCACUGUGAGGAUUUGGGACUAUACCCAGGAUGCUUGCAUUAAUGUUUUGAGUGGGCAUACAGCUCCAGUACGAGGACUGAUGUGGAACACAGAGAUCCCCUACCUAUUGAUAUCUGGAAGUUGGGACUACACAAUCAGGGUGUGGGACACGCGGGAUGGCACAUGUCUGGAUACUGUAUAUGAUCAUGGCGCUGAUGUAUAUGGUUUAACUUGCCAUCCCAGUCGUCCUUUCACUAUGGCAUCUUGUUCUCGAGAUUCUACUGUUAGGUUGUGGUCCUUAACACCUCUAAUUGCACCUCUACAAAUUGAUAUUCUUGCUGAUAGGCCAUGGGAAGGAAUUGUUGGUAAUACAGAUCGUGCCAUGGCACCUGGGGCUCCACCUCUGCUCUGUGGGAAAGUAUCACGAGAUAUUAAGCAAGAAGUGGAUAAACUUACCAGUAAUGUUCGAGCAAAGAAACUAAGAUGGUUUUCAGAAUGUCUUUCACCUCCAGGGGGCAGCAAAAAUCUUUGGGACUUAGUUGCUGUACUGCAAGGCCAAGAUGACAGCCUUCUUCCACAGAACUAUUGUAAAGGAAUCAUGCACAUGAAGCAUUUAGUUCGAUUUAAAACUUCAGAAGCGCAAGAGCUAACAACUGUGAAAAUGUCCAAAUUUGGAGGUGGGAUCGGUGCACCGAGCAAGGAGGAGAGACUUAAAGAAGCAGCUGAGAUCCACUUAAGGAUUGGUCAAAUCCAACGAUACUGUGAAUUAUUGGUAGAACUUGGGGAGUGGGAUAAAGCAUUGUCAGUUGCACCUGGUGUAUCUUUGAAAUACUGGAAAAAGCUAAUGCAAAGGCGAGCUGAUCAGUUAAUCCAAGAAGGAAAUGAUGAUGUUAUUCCAUACUGCAUAGCUACUGGAGAUGUAAAGAAGCUUGUCGAUUUUUUCACUGCAAGAGGGCAACUUAAAGAAGCUUUACUUGUUGCGCAGGCUGCUUGCGAAGGAAAUAUUCAGACUGUGGACAGUUCAUCUUUAAACGGAGCUUCAAAUGUUGAUGGAAGUACUAUGGAAGAUUACAGUCAGCUACUACACAAGGUCAGUAAUGAGCUGGCAGACUGGUAUUUCCAGGAUGGACGGGCUGUACUUGCUGCAUGCUGCCAUUUAGCUGUGGAUAAUACUGAGCUUGCCAUGGCGAAUCUUAUCCGGGGAAAUGAGUUGGAGCUGGCAGUCUGUGUGGGCACUGUUCUAGGAGAAAAUGCAGAACAAGCAACUCAUUAUGCACUAGAACUAUUGGCAAGAAAGUGCAUGACGGUAACAACAUGCUUUCCAUCUCCUGGAUACAGGGACUUGGCAGCAGACCUGCUUCGUAUGAUCCCCAAUAAUGAGCUACUGCUGGCCAAGCUGUGUGCUUUCUAUCCUGGUAGUACUGCAGAAAUUAAUGACUUACAUGAGAAGUGUAAUUUGCCAAGUUUAGAAGAAUGUUCCCAGAUGGCUGCAUCAGCUAUUAAUGACAGCGACAUCUUCCAGGCUGUGAAAUAUUACUUGUUAAGUCCAGAGCCUGAAAAGGCCCUUUUCACUGGCAUUCCCUACAUUAAAGAACAAAUUUGUAGUGGUAACUGGACUCUGGACUCAGUUUGUCCCAUUCUUGACCUACUCAGUCACAUGCGAACAGAAAGACUGGUACUACAUAAGUUUAGUGAGAUGCGCAAUGAAUUACUUAUACUGUGUGGUUAUACUGGUGCACUACUAGCUAUCAGAAGACAAUAUGCAACUAUCGUGCCUGCACUUUAUGAAUACACAAGCCAGUUACUGAAGCGUCGUGAGGUUUCUGUUCCACUGCAGAUUGAGCAGCUUUCAGCAGAGUUAGAUGCCUGGAGAGGCUGCACACAAACAACCAACAAGCUGCUAGAAGAAGUGCCAUGUACUCCACCUACAGAAUCUCAGAGAAACGUUUAUGAGACCUUGAUGAGUCGGAUCAAAGAAGAGCCUCUUAAAGGAAUGAUUGGACCUGAUUAUGUAACAGGAUCCAACCUACCAAGUCAUUCAGAUGUUCACAUAUCCUGUCUUACAGGAUUAAGAAUACAGGGUCCAGUGUUCUUCCUUGAAGAUGGAAAAUCAGUAAUCUCAUUAAAUGAUGCUUUGAUGUGGGCAAAAGUGAAUCCAUUUUCACCUUUAGGAACAGGAAUUCGUCUUAAUCCUUUCUGAUGAAUGUCUUUGAGAUGCAGAGAUCUUCAUGUAGUCCAUUCCGCAGCAGACAUUUGUCCUGGAUGGUUAAGAAAAUUAAAGCAUUUUGUGACCUGUAAUCAGCAUGUGAGCAAAGGGACUUAGUGUAAGGGUAAUGUUUCCCAUUCAGUCUUGAAAGGGAAAACAAACCUCUGCUUAAUGAUCUCAAGAAAGUAAAAUGAUAUGAAUCCAGCAUGAGAGAACUGAGCACUUUGAUUUGCAGAUGAAUCAUGCAGAUAAAUAUGCACAUUCGACAGGGUAAAUUUAGCCAUGGCAUUAUUGUGCAUGUAUCAUCCAUUGUUCAAUAUGCUUACAUUGUUACUGGAUGACAAUGUAGGGAGUAUGGUUACAUAAUGUUUUCAAAUAAAUAAAACUCUGGUGAAUGAAGGGUUUAGUAAACCCAAGACAAAAACCAGCAACAACAGACAGAAUGUCAAGUAUUAAGUAUGUUAGCUCUGUAAAGAUAAGGUGGGAAAGGGGAAAUCUCAGAAUACUUAAGUAAUAUAUAAGAAGAUGUGCACCCACAACUGUUGUACAUAGCUAGGGAGAUUUACAAUGUGUAAAUUAAGCUACUUUAUAUUGCAAAAUAUAAUGGCAGUUGCCUUUAUCCCAGUUAUAUUACAGAAUGAGGUCCAAAGGAAAGGGAAGGCAAGAUUACUGAACCUUUCACUUCAGAAGUGCUGUAUCAUUAAUCACUUUAAGUAUAUGUAUUUUAUCAUAGUGACUGCUUUGAGUGUAACAAUCUUCUUUUUGCUUAGCUCUCUUAAUUUGUAGGAAUUGUGCCUUACUGUAAAGAAAUACAGAUAGAUCCCUUCAUUAUUUAUUAUAGUUAUUUUGGCAUUUGUAUGAAUAAAAAAAGGUUCAGAAUGUGGUUUUAGAGAUAAUAAUUUUAUUUUAAUUAUUUAGAUUGGCAUUUUUAAUGAUUUAAUAAAGAAGCAGUUUCCACACAUUGUAAAGAAAUGGCUUAGAGGAGCAGAUUACUGUAAAGUGAAGUACUUCAACGUACACACACACACACACACACACACACACACACACACACACACACACACACACGCACAUAUAUAUAUAUAUAUAUAUAUAUCUAUAUAUAUAUAUAUAUAUAUAUAUAUAUAUAUAAUAUGAUGCAGCAUGUUACUAAGAAACCAAAUCAGAAGAAACUCGUAUUAUCAAGAAAAAAACAAAUUCAAAAGAACCAACAGAAUUAUGAUGAAAACCAAAUCAGAAAGAGCUCAUUACUGAAACUGAGUUUUAACAUUGAAUAUGAUCCAUGCUCAUUAUCCAGUUGUUAGAAAUGAAAUGCAAAAUAACAUGUACAUUCUAUCAGUAGCCACAAAUAUGUGAUGCAGUAUAAAGUAAAUCUAAGUAUCUGUGUUGCAUCAAAGAAAUGUUACAUUACCAUACUGUAAAACAAAUGAGAAUAAUAAAAAUAACAAUGAAUUCUUAAA